AUGUCAACAUUUGGAAGCCACUUCCGCGUGACGAGCGCCGGCGAGUCCCACGACAAGUCCGUAUCCUGCAUCGUCGAUAACUGCCCGCCCGGCCUCGCCCUCACCGAAGCCGACAUCCAGCCUCAGCUCGACCGCCGCCGCCCCGGCCAGUCCGCCAUCACCACGCCCCGCGACGAGAAGGACCUCGUCACCAUCCACUCUGGCACCGAGUUUGGCCGCACGUAUGACAAUCCCUACACCAUCGACCUCUACCCGCGCGCGUCGCACGCCGACUGGACCUACCUCGAAAAGUACGGAAUCAAGGCCAGCUCCGGCGGCGGCCGCUCCUCCGCGCGCGAGGCCAUCGCGCGCGUCGCCGCCGGCGCCAUCGCCGAGAAGUGGCUCCGCGAGACCUACGGCGUCGAGAUCGUCGCCUUCGUCUCCUCCGUCGGCAACAUCAAGCUCUUCGGCGACGCCGACGCCAUGAGCGCCGGCCCCAAGUUCCAGCAGCUCGCCACCACGCUCACCCGUCCGCAGGUCGACGAGUUCCUCCCCGUGCGCUGCCCGGACAAGGACGCCACCGUGCUGAUGGAGAAGCGCAUCGCGGCGCACGACAGCACCGGCGGCACCGUCACCUGCGUCGUGCGCAACGCGCCGCCGGGCCUCGGCGAGCCCACCUUUGACAAGCUCGAGGCGCUCCUCGGCCACGCCAUGAUGUCCAUCCCCGCCGUCAAGGGCUUCGAGGUCGGCUCCGACUUCCGCGGCUCCGAGAUGACCGGCAGCCAGCACAACGACCCCUUCAUCGUGCCCGCCGCCGACGGAGCCUCCCCGGCGACGCCCGGCGGGCGGCAUCUCCAACGGCAUGCCCAUGUCGCCUUCAAGCCUCCCGCCACCAUCAGCCAGAACCAGACCACGGCGCUCUACGACGCCUCGGGCGCCGGCAUCCUCGCCGCCAAAGGCCGCCACGACCCCUGCGUCGUGCCCCGCGUCGUGCCCAUCGUCGAGGGCAUGGCCGCGCUCGCCAUCGCCGACGCCGUCAUGGCCCAGCACGCGCGCCUGGUUGGUAGGCAGAUGGCCGCGCACCCGGCCAACUAA